GCUACGGUUCGGGCGGUUGUAUAAAAGCUGUCCCGUGCACCGUCAAACGUUACAGUUUGGACCUGGGUUCCAACCAGCUUAAACCGUUUCGCAAAGCAAACAGUGACAACCACUCACUAGAAAUGCGUGCCUUCGUGUGCAUGCUGUUGGCGGCCUUGGCCGUGGCAGUGAGUGGCCAGUUCGAUACGCACCAGUGGGGCGAUCGUAGCGGCAUCGUACAUCUGUUCGAAUGGAAGUGGAACGAUAUUGCCCGGGAGUGCGAAACUUUCCUCGCGCCGAAAGGUUACGCCGGUGUGCAGGUGUCGCCACCGACCGAGAACGCGGUCGUGUGGAGUCCUCGACGCCCGUGGUGGGAACGUUACCAGCCAAUCUCCUACAACCUGAACACCCGCUCUGGCAGUGAGUCCGAGUUUGCGAGCAUGGUUCGCCGCUGUAACGCGGUCGGUGUGCGCAUCUACGUCGAUCUGGUCAUCAACCACAUGGCAGCCAUUAGCACGAACGGUGGAACCGGUGGAUCGACCGCCAACUCUGGUGGCAUGCAGUUCCCGGCUGUGCCGUACGGCCCGAACGACUUCAACCCGGUGUGUGCGAUCACCAACUACAACGACCCGAUCCAGGUACGCAACUGCCAGCUGGUAGGACUCCCGGAUCUGAACCAGGGCAGCAGCUGGGUGCGUGACAAGAUUGUCGAGCUGAUGAACAAGAUGGUCAACUACGGUGUUGCCGGUUUCCGUGUGGAUGCCGUCAAGCAUAUGUGGCCCGGCGAUCUGCAGGCUAUCUACGGCCGCAUGAACAAUUUGCCGACCGACCAAGGAUUCCCCCCGAACGCUCGUCCCUUCAUCACGCAGGAGGUCAUUGAUCUGGGCGGUGAGGCGAUCAGCAAGAACGAGUACACCCACCUGGGUACGGUGACUGAGUUCCGCUUCUCGGCCGAAAUUGGACGUUCCUUCCGCGGCUACAACCAGCUCCGGUGGCUAUCGAACUGGGGCCCCGAGUGGGGCUUCCUGCCCUCCCAUCUGGCUCUCGUUUUCGUCGACAACCACGAUAACCAGCGCGGUCAUGGUGCCGGUGGCGCGGACGUACUCACGCACAAAGUGCCCAAGAACUACAAGAUGGCAAACGCCUUCAUGUUGGCCCAUCCGUUCGGCAUUCCUCGCAUCAUGAGCUCGUUCUUCUUCGACGAUGGUGACCAGGGACCACCGCAGGACGGUGAUGGCAACCUGAGCUCUCCGAUCAUUAACGCGGACGACUCGUGCGGUGGUGGCUGGGCAUGCGAGCACCGAUGGCGUCAAAUCUAUAACAUGGUCGGCUUCCGCAACACUGUGGCCGGUACUUCGUUGAACGACUGGUGGGACAAUGCGGGCAACCAGAUCGCUUUCUGCCGUGGUGGACGUGGCUUCGUCGCGUUCAACCUGGAGGGCUAUGAUCUGAACCAAACCCUGCAGACCUGCCUGCCGGCGGGCACGUACUGCGACGUGAUCUCGGGCAACAAGUCUGGAAGCAGCUGCACUGGCGCUAGCGUAACCGUUGGUGGAGAUGGCCGUGCCAACAUUUUCAUUUCCGCCAACUCCGACGAUGGUGUGCUGGCCAUUCACGCCAAUUCCCGACUGUAAGAAGCGAUUACAAGCAACGUGACGUAUUUACACUCCACUAAAGAACUGGAAGGAAUGAAAGUACAAAUUUUAAUAAAACUCAUGCAAAAAUA